CCGCAGACUCCAGCUCCUCUCGUACCGCUAACUCCAAAACUUUGUGUCCCCCCGCAGAUUGUAUUUCGUCUUGGGCUUUGCUGACUCUACCGAUUGUGUCUUUUAUUGUACCUUUUAUCUCUUCGAUGUCAGACAACAUGAUUCACGGUGCUCUGUAGAUCAAAUCAGACGAGCCCUGCUGCUUCUUUAGCUACCUUUAGCACGGCUACUAUGAUGUUCUCCGGCGUUUAUCCUUCCAUUUUACCUUUUUAGGAGUGGGUGUCUUCUCAGGAGUGGUAGCCGGUGGACGAAUCUCAGUUUUCCGCUUUUACCGUGUCAGAGUUGGACAUUACCGCGGCUCUGUUUGACACCUGUCCGCCUCUGAUUAUUCGUUAUCAUUGAAGGGGACGCUCCACUUGUAUCUCCCACCGCCGCCAUCUUGGCCUCCCCUCCUUCUCUUUAGCUGACGGGUUAGCCUAGCCUAGCAUAGCCAUUUGAAGCAAUGGCGUUGAAAAGAAUACAGAAGGAGCUAUCAGACCUGCAGAGGGAUCCACCUGCCCAAUGCUCUGCUGGACCAGUUGGAGAGGACUUGUUUCAUUGGCAGGCGACAAUAAUGGGUCCGCCUGACAGCCCAUACCAGGGUGGAGUGUUUUUCCUCACCAUCCACUUCCCGACAGAUUAUCCCUUCAAACCACCCAAAAUUGCCUUCACAACAAAAAUUUACCACCCUAAUAUCAACAGCAAUGGGAGUAUUUGUCUGGAUAUACUGAGAUCACAGUGGUCCCCUGCCCUAACCGUAUCGAAAGUAUUAUUGUCAAUCUGCUCUCUUCUUUGUGAUCCAAACCCCGACGACCCGCUGGUACCAGAGAUUGCUCACACGUAUAAGUCUGACAGGGAAAAGUACAACAAAUUAGCAAGAGAAUGGACACAAAAGUACGCAGUGUGAAAAUGCCAGGGAGAUGAAAAUACAACUAGAACAAAAAGAAAUUUGAUUUGUUACAUGAGGCAAAUGAGCAACAGAGGGAAAAAUAAACUAAACAACAAGCCCAUCUUUUGGAGAAGGAAGCGAUAUAAUGAGGUACAGUGCCACCUGGCUUUCCGUGUGCUGAGCUGCUACCAUGUACUGUCCUUCAUGACUUGUAGGGAUCUGCUGAGCAGGACCUGAUGGGCUCCUUAAAGCACUCCCAUAUGGAAUACCCGGAAACUCUUCAUAGUCCAUAGCACCACACUCAGACUCAGACUAUAGAACACUGCUAUUGUGAUCAUCACUUUUAUUGUCGCUGUUCAUGUUUCCACUGACGACAGUCAUAUCUAUCUGUGCAACUCAGAAGCAAAAAAAAAAAAAGAAAGAAAAAAGUUUGAUUUAGGAGAUGGAAUCGCCCUUGGUUCUCAAAGGUACUGUCUGUGUCUCACUGGAUGUCUUGUUAUUACUGUAUUUCCUUGUUUUUAUUUUGUGGCCUUUUUCCAUGUUGUUUUUCUCAAACGGUGUAUGUGCAAUUGAGGCAGAAUGUUCCUCGUUCAACACAAAAAAAAUGGUGCAGUGCCAUCACCAGCAGCUGACCUGUUGGCACAUACUGUCUCUAACCCGCUACAAUGUGAAAGACAUGAAAAGAAGAAUUGGCCUCCACCACACAAUCAAUUUAUUAGGAAUUAGCAACAGUGUAUAGUUUUUGAGGACACUAGAGAGCUGCUGUGAAGAGCUAGCUGCCCCCCCCCCCCCUCCUCACUGAGCCCCUUUUCUCCUGGUAAUAACAUCUGUCCUGAGUCAACAACGUUGGGUAUGACUGUUCACGCUUGUCUUUAGAAUGCUUUUCUGUGUGACCACGUGGUAUCCUAUCUGGCUUCUCCUGGCAUGUU